AUGAAAACCCCGUUCCUCCUCCUUGCUGCUGCUGUCGCCGUUGCAGGCGAAGGCUUCUACAGCUCCAAUAAAAACAUCUACGAGCUCAAUCCGGCCUCAUUUAAAGAUGUCGUCUACAAUUCCAACUACACUUCUGUGGUAGAGUUUUAUGCACCCUGGUGUGGCUACUGCAAACAGAUCAAGCCUGUGUUCAGUAAACUCGGCAAGUUUUUGCAUGGUGAGUCCAAAUAUGCAGUGAAUGUGGCGGCUGUCAAUUGUGACGAGGAGAUCAAUAAGCUGCUCUGUGCGAGACACAAGGUCCAGGGCUUUCCUACUAUUAUGGUGUUCAGACCUCCAAAACACAGCCCUGGGAAAAAGCGCGCGGCCAAACAUGUCCCGGAAGUGUUUAAUGGUGUGCGAGAGUUGGCACCAAUGGCGGAGUAUGUUUCAUCACGGAUCAAGAACUACGUCAAGAAGAUAUUCUCGGUCCAUUCGGAGCUGUUUGCAAGCUGGCUUGAUUCGUCCGAAGGUCCACAUAAGGUGGUGAUUUUGACCAAAUCGAGCAUGGUGUCGCCUCUUUUGCGCACACUUGCAAUUGACUUCUUGGACUCUGUCAGUUUCGCUGCCGUCAACACCGAUGAUCUUACUGGCCCCACUACUAUCACAUACAACAACGAGCAGGUGGAGAUUCCUAUUAAGGAAAAUGAGAAGUAUCCUGUGGUUCUAGUCUAUGAUUCGGAAGAAAAUAAGUUUCAUAGAUACGAUGGCUCUGUCACCAAACUCCCCAAGGUAGAGAAGUUCAUUAUGGCGAAGACUGGUGCAAAGCCCACCGAAGGUAGACUUUCUGCUAGGGGCAAGAAGCUUGCUGUAUACCGAGGUGCAGCCAAGGUUCAUGAUGAAUUGUAA